CUGAGCGCCAGGGAGAGUCGUGCAGGGACAGGGGCUGGAGCUUUCCCAGAUCAGCACUUCUGCCGAAGGAACUUUAACAGGGGGGCUGCAACCAGUGAAUUUAAAGAGUACAUUUUACCCUUGCGAUUUGCCCUCACUAAACCGGAGAGAGGCUGUACAAUCCUCGGCAGUGUUCUGAGACUGUAUAGCCCACCCUAACCUGGUUUAAGGACUUUCGCGCUAUUGCAAUAUGGACCUGGCUUUAGACAUACUAACAACUCAUUAAUUUUUUUUAAACGAAAUCUGUAGAGCGAAUAUUCGUUUUUUCUUCUUCUCAUAAUUUCCGCCUGUGCGUGUUUAUAAAGAAGUUUAUUUAGUAAAAAAAAAAAAACUACCCGAAAGCACUGGGACUUUGCGGAGGACGCGCGAAAGGAAUAGCGAAAGGACAUUUGACAGGAACAUAAUAUGACCGCUGAAAAGGAAAAGAAGAGGAACAGCUCUGAGAGGAGGAAGGAGAAGUCGCGGGACGCUGCCCGCUGCCGACGCAGCAAGGAGACGGAGGUGUUCUACGAGCUGGCACGCCACCUGCCCCUCCCCCACAGCGUCAGCUCCCACCUGGACAAGGCCUCCAUCAUGAGGCUCACCAUCAGCUUCCUGCGCACAUGCAAGCUCAUCUCCUUCUGUUGUCCUGACGACGAUACGGAGAAUGACAGACAGAUGGACAGCCUUUACCUCAAGUCCCUGGAGGGCUUUGUCACCGUGGUAACAACAGACGGGGACAUGAUCUUCCUGUCUGAGAACAUCAACAAAUUCAUGGGUCUGACCCAGGUGGAGAUGACGGGGCACAGCAUCUUUGACUUCACCCACCCGUGUGACCACGAGGAGAUCCGCGAGAACCUCAGCUUCAAGACCGGGUCUGGGUUCGGGAAGAAGGGCAAGGACAUGAGCACAGAGCGAGACUUCUUCAUGAGGAUGAAGUGCACGGUGACAAACAGAGGUCGCACCGUCAACCUGAAAUCUGCCAGCUGGAAGGUCCUGCACUGCACCGGCCACCUGAAGGUGUACAACAGCAGCCCCCCCCACGUCCGCUGCAGCUACAAGGAGCCGGCGCUCUCCUGCGUGGUGAUGAUGUGUGUGCCCAUCCCGCACCCCUCCAACAUCGACAUGCCCCUGGACAGCAAAACCUUCCUGAGCCGACACAGCAUGGACAUGAAGUUCACCUACUGCGACGACAGGGUGCAUGACCUGAUGGGAUACUGCCCAGAAGACCUGCUGGGCCGGUCCGUGUAUGAUUUCUACCAUGCCCUGGACUCGGAAAGUGUGACCAAGAGCCACCAGAACUUGUGCAGCAAGGGCCAGGCCGUGAGCGGACUGUACCGCAUGCUGGCGAAGCACGGCGGCUACGUGUGGGUGGAGACCCAGGGCACGGUCAUCUACAACAACCGCAACUCCCAGCCUCAGUGCAUCGUCUGCAUCAACUACGUCCUGAGUGACAUUGAGGAGAGGUCGGCCAUCUUGUCCAUGGAUCAGACGGAGUCCCUGUUCAAGCCGCACGCCGUGGUGAGCAGCCUGUUCCGGCAGGCGGAGGCCUCGCCCCAGGGCGACGGGAGCGAGCUGCUCUUCACCCGGCUGAAGGAGGAGCCCGAGGACCUGGCCCAGCUCGCCCCCACGGCCGGAGACGGCAUCAUCGCCCUCGACAUCGGACAACCAUUUGAGGAGCAGUACAGUAAGAUGUCCUCCAUGCCGCCUCCUCCUGCCGGCAAUCCCUGGGCCAGUGAGGCUCCCAAGGCCAGCCCUGCCAGUGAGAUGCACAAAAUGGCCGCCACCUUCUCGGUGCCCCAGGCUCCACCGCCUGGUAGCGCCACGCCCAGCCUGAGCGGCUGUUCCACACCCAGCAGCCCGGGAGACUACUACGGCUCCGUCGACAACGACCUGAAGGUGGAGCUCACGGAGAAGCUGUUCGCUUUGGACACCCAGGAGAAGAAGAGCCCAUGCACCUCUCAGAUAAACCCCGGCCCUGAGGACCUGGACCUGGAUACGCUGGCCCCCUACAUCCCCAUGGACGGGGAGGACUUCCAGCUCAACCCCAUCUGCCAGGACGAGGCCCAGCCUGAGCCGGGGUCCGUGGGCCCCCAGCACAGCUUCAGCAACAUCGCCAGCCUGUUCCAGCCUCUGGCCUCGCCCCCGCCCAGCCUCCUCCACCCCCCCGUCCAGGCCAUGGGCGACAAGAGGACCUCCAACCCGGGCCACCUGGACCCCCGGCCCGGCCUGCCCUACCCGUGCCCCGCGGCGAUGCCGCCCUACCACUGCCUGGCCAGCGCGCCGCUCUCCUCCCCGGGGGGCCGGCAGAGCCUGCAGUGGCCCCCCGACCCCUCCUUACAUCGGCCCGGGGCGAAGCGGGGCCUGGGCGACCCCAUGGCCGGCAGCCCAGCGUGCCAGAAUCUGCCCCCGCAGCGUCUCGCCCUCCACAAGCAACGGUCCAUGGAGAGCUUUGUCCAGGCCCACAGAGACAUGAGCCCGGCCCAGAUUGCUCUGGCUAACAGCUUCAAACGCAAGAGACAGCUUGAGUUCGAGGACCAUCAUGUCUUCACACAAAUGAAUAUGGAGGGGGCAUCCUGCAGCAAACCGGCGGAGAUGAUGUGGAAACGUAUGAGAAAUGAGAGCUGUGCCUUCGCGGACAGAAAGUGCCUGAGCAGCAGUGCUCUCACAGAGAAAUUCCCGGGCAUGCACGGUGCCAUAGACCAGCGCCUCAGCCCUCUACAGCAGCACAGGAAAGGCCAGUACCCUGGAGGGCUGACCCCGGAGCCCAAAAAAAUGUUCCUGGGACAGAGCUACGCUUCUGGCUUCCGAGAGUACAGCAUGUUGCCCUCUCCUAAAAUGGAAGGCAUGGCCAGCCGCCUGCUCGUCCCGUCGUUCGACUCGCACUCCCUGCCGGAGCUGACGCGCUACGACUGCGAGGUCAACGUCCCGCUCCAGGGCAGCCUGCACCUGCUGCAGGGCUGUGACCUGCUGCGGGCCCUGGACCAGGCCACCUAGGCAGGGGCCCGGGGCAGCCACACACUAGCCCAUAAGCUAGCCGCCCUACGUGCAUGUAUCCUAAAAUAAGAGCCACUUCUGCUCUUUUUUGUUUUCUUUAUUUUUCUAAAUUAUAUUCGUACUGUACAUCUUUCUUAUGUUUUGUUUUUGUUUUUUGUUUUUUUUUGCAGUUUAGACUGUUUCUGAUAUUAACCCAAGUUUUCUUUUGGUUUCGUUUGUUUGUUUAACCUUUACAGUACAUCCAGACACUGCUGUACUACUCAUCCCAAACCCCUGUGUUCCACCCAACACACCCCUUGACCCGAAUGUUACCACUUCAGUCACUUUGCCGGUUCUCUCUGCCUGUCUCUCGCUGUCGCACACUCAAACGUAUGUUUUUAAAAAUGUUUUUAAACUCCAGAAUGGAGGACACAGGAGUAGACAGUCUGCCUUUGUUUGAUCUACUGUAAAACAAUUUUAUCUCUUUUUGAAUAAAGGAUUUACUUUUUCUUUGAAAACUAGUUUUUCCUCACUCCUCUUUCUCUCUCUCUCUCUCUCUCUCUCUCUCUCUUGCAUGUGUAUAUCCUGUCCUCUCUUUUCCGUUUCCUCCGCCUUCUCUCUCUCUCUUUCCUUCUGGUGCCUUGAUCUGAUGAAAUUAACAUGGAUGGUGGUGAUACCUGUGAGGCCGUCGCUCUGUAAAUGCGCUGCUCUUUUCCUGACCGCGUUCUGUCCGGGAGCACUUUGUAGGGAUGUCGAAUGAUGCCGUCAGGCCUGACCGGCACUAGUCCCCACGCUUACCUACCUUUAAAAGGACACCUAUGCCAAGGAUUACAAGUCAUGUCCGUCACCUGUCGUAGGGCUUCGCCCCCCCCCCCGUAACCCCUCUACGCUUCACAGAACAGCUUCUUAAUGGACAUUGGAGGCUAAUCUGGACUUUCUUUCUGUCUCUCGCUCUCCUUUUUUCCCCCCUUUGUUGUCCCAACUGCUUUGUGCGGUGGCCACAGCCACAACUAUAUACACAGACAUAUGUAUUCAGUGUAAGAAGCUCUAAAGUUUCCAUGAUAUUGUCUACAAAAGUGUUUCGUAUUCAUGUGCCUUGGUACUUUGCCUUAUCUACGCGGUAGAUUCUUUGGAUUCUCGUUUUUUGCCUUUUGAUGUUUGACAAGUGGAUAUUUUGUUUCUAAAGUGCUUGGUUUCUCUUUUGUGUUUUGAGUUGCCUCUUUCAGAGUAUAUGCAAAAGUAUCAUAACUGGCAUCCUGCCAAUGCUGUCAAUGCUCUACGUAAAAACGGACGUUUUAAAAAGCUGUUGAAAGAUUAAAAAGAAAAACAUAUAUACCUUAUGUGUCCCACUCUUGACAUGUAGCAGUUUUGAUGUUUUAAAUGACAAAUGACACGCAAAAAUUAAAAAAGAUCACUUGCAGAAAUAUUUUUAAAAGUGAUGGUGCUUCAUAGAUAUAUCCAAACUUGUGUCUUUUUUUUUUUGUAAUAAACAAUUUUAUAAAGUUUCUGGGAUACACUUUCAUUAACACUGUAUUUUGUUUUUAGGUGCUGACGUUGUCUUUAAAGUUGCUUUGAUGAGGUUUGAGCAUUUCCCCGCCCCCCAGUUAAGUCCUUCAGGUGUACAGUGGAUUGUUAUUAGGAAUUCUCUGUAGUUUUUGUGUCUUGAAGCCAGAAAUGACCAGCGACACCGCUCCCAAUACGUGGUGUAAUAAACAGCAGUUAACAGGCAGAAUACCCUGACUGACAGAUCAGCGAUCUCUACAGUCUCCUGUAGUCCCCUUAGAAUAGUUCUCGGUGACAAGCAGCGGAGGGGAUGUUGUGGUUUAACAGUCAUAAAAGGUUGAAGGCAAAUGUUUUGCAAAGCGCACCGUUGCAUGUGCUAUUCACUAUGAUCGGGGCUGUGUAAAUCAAAACGUCGCUUUAGGAUUGGGCUAAUGAUUAAUGUGAGGAUCAGAUUAAGGAGAUUACCAAAAUGUCAAGGGAAUCGUAAAAAUGAUCGACUCCCUACAAAUGAGGGGUGCGUUUUUUAAUACCCAGCGCCCUGUCAUUUUAGAAGCAAGGUUGUGGGCACCUGUGGCACGUUUCUGAUCGGUGUGAGAAAGUGACGUAGAGGCUACCUGCUCAGCCGACCCACUGAUGCACAGCUUCAGCGCCUCCCCAGAUCAGUCAGCUCCUCAAGGCUGCCCUGCUAACCCACCUCAACAGACACCAGAGAUUCACAUACAUUCAGAUAUAAAAACGAGAGCAGAGAAGUAAUCGAAAUGGGAAUGAGGAUCAAAAUAAUUAUUAAUCACCAGCCCUCGUCACCCUCAUGCUUGGACUUCUGGGAUAUCUGUGAUGGCUGUUUCCUGUAUUCAAACCUCGCCGUUGUUUUCCUCUUGAUGUACAUACAUUUACAUUGCAAAGUUUCUCAAGCUGCUUUCUGCUAUCUCGAGUUUGUCACAUUGAAUCUCCAGGCAAAAUACCCACUUUAUAUAAAAAGAAGACGGUAUAAAGGGCGGCCUGUAGUGUAGUGGUUAAGGUAAAUGACUGGGACACGCAAGGUCAGUGGUUCUAAUCCCGGUGUAGCCACAAUAAGAUCCGCACAGCUGUUGUUGGGCCCUUGAGCAAGACCCUCAACCCUGCAUUGCUCCAGGGGAGGAUUGUCUUCUGCUUAGUCUAAUCAACUGUACGUCGCUCUGGAUAAGAGCGUCUGCCAAAUGCCAAUAAUGUAGUGUAAUAAAAAUUGCAGCCUCUUUGAGCAGUCCAAAAUCGGUAGGGUGGACUGAACAACGGAUGAGAUUUGGUUAACUAUGGUGCAGUAAGUGGAAAGAGAUGAAGGAUGUUGACACAUUAAAACUAAAGGAAGGCUACUCACAAGCCUUAUUUGUAGCACCUGUGAAGGUUAAAAUAACAAUAUUCAUUGUGAACGCUGGUUUCUCUCUGCGCAUGUACAGCUUUCCUCAGCCUUAAAGACAAUUUCAGCAUUCUAAGUAUAAUGAGGGUCAUUGUUUAUUUCUUGGCACAUUUUCUGCUUUUAUUCAUUUUAUGUUGUAAAGCCUUUAUAGAUACAAUAGCUGAUAUGAUGAAUAUAUUAUUAUUAUUAUUAUCAUUAUGGGAACUUUAACCCAAUAAGAAGUUGUAUUUCUGCACUGAUAUCUUAUUAAAGCAUAAUGAUCUUACUCUUCUUGGGCCCUGUGUGUUAUAAUCACCUGUAUACCUGUACUGUAAAACUGCAGAGUUAUGAUACAUUCAUCUUGGGAUAUUUAUAGCCAAUAAAGCCUGCUCUUUUUUAACUACA